AACGACGAACGCAGAUCUCGGGGAAAUAAGGGACAGGUGUGCCUAACAAGAGCAGCACCGACAAGAAUCUGCUUCACAUCUGCCCAGCGCCUCUUCCUCUCUUUCUUCCUCUGUCUGUCUGGUGUCUGUUGUGUCUGUCUGUUGUGUGCAGUGUGUGUGAGCGAGGGUGUCAGUCAGUGAUUAUGCAGAAGCUGUUCAAGGCCAUCGAGAAGGGCGACGUAGACGCCCUCCAGACGCAGCUCGCCACCAGCCCAAACCUGCUCGCCAAGAACAAAAAACAGUACACCCCACUCAUUGUCGCGGUGCAAUCAGGUCAGUCAGCUCACCAGCGCACUCGACGCAAGAGAGCCUUCCAUGGUUGGAUGCAUAUGGAUGCAGGCGAUUUGUCGGUUCUCGAGGCUAUGCGCGACAGCAAGCUGCAGCUGGGGGUCAAUGAGAGGGACGGCGACCAGGGGUGGACGCCGCUCAUCCACGCCAUUGCGUCUGUCGGGGGCGAUCUGGAGCUCAUUCGGUUCCUCGUCGAGGAGCUGAAAGCUGACAUAAAGGUGAGGCGAGGUGAGGCGAGACCAGUCAUGAAUGAUUGUGGUUGUCCAUGUGCAUGUGUGGCGAUGGUGUGUGUGUGUGGGUUCAGUGUGUUGAUCGUGAUGAGGGUCUCAGUCCGCUGCAUUGGGCGUCGCGGCUCAACCAGACCAACGUCAUCGAGUACCUCCUCAGCAGGGGGGGAAAGGCGUACAUCGACACGCAGGUGUGUGAUGUGUUGGUGUACUGGGUGGCCACUGCACGGGCAAUCUGUCUGUUUCUGUGUCUGUGUGUGUGUGUGUGUGUGAUUGGUUCAAUGAUUUGUGUGUGUGCAGUCAAGCGACGAUCCCCUCUCCCUGACUCCCCUUCACUGCGCCAUCCGCAAGAACCAGGAGGAGGCCUGUGUGCUGCUCAUCGAGAGAGGGGCGAACGUUAAUACCAAGGCAAGAAAGCAAUGAAGGGCUGGCUGGCGGAUGCAUCGAUCCACGGACGUGCCUCUGUUGUGUGUGUGUGUGUGUGAAAGCAGGACAGUGACGGCAACACGUCGUUGCACGCGGCUCUGAAGCAGCACCUGUUGAAUGUCGCCGCCCUCGUCGCCGAGCAGCCGGCAUCCCAGCAGACCGCCACCACACAAGAUGGACAAAACCGUUAGCCCCCCCUCCCCCCAUCACACACGCACACAUACGAGACACCUUCUCCAUGUGUGUGUGUGUGUGUGUGUGAUGCAGUUGACGGCGAGACGGCUCUGCACAUCGCUGUGUCUUUGGGUUUGGACACGGUGGCAUCUUUGCUGGUCAAGCGGGGCUGGUCGGAGACCGCCAAGAAUGCCAAGGGCGAGACGCCAAACGACCUCAGAGAGAAGCGACACGCGAAACAGGCCGCAGAAAUCGAAGCUAAGCAGCAGGUGAGAAGGGGAGGGAACACACACACACACACACACACGCACCCAAGGGCAGGCAGCCCUUCAUCCACUCACGACAGCAGUCACUGUGAGUGAUGUCUAACAGGCGCGGGAGGCCAAAGAGGUGCGGAAGCGCCGCGGUGUGGAGGAGGAGAUGGACCACAGCGAGGUGACGGCCUGGCUGCGCAAGUACAACCUGCCCGACCUCGUGCCCGUCUUCUUCUCAAAGGGCUACCGCUACACCGACGAGGCCUUCUACGAGAUUGACGACCACAGACUCAAGAAGAUGGGGCUCUCCAUCCAACAGAGCAGGUCAGUCAGUCAGUCAGUGCCCCAAACACACACACACACACACACACACACGGUCAGACAGAAAGAGUCAUUCGUGAUGCAUGCGACCACUUGCUCGUCUGUCUGUCUGUCGGUUUGUGUGUGGCUCGGCUAUGCACAUCCAUCAGGGCAUUUUUCGACGCCAUAGCCGAGGAGGAGGCCGAGAGGAUUCGCGAGCAGGAACGGGCUGAGGAGGAGAUCAAGCAGGAGGCCCAGAAGGCCAACCGCAUGCAGACAUACAUCGUGGUGGCCGUCAUCGUCGCCCUCUUCGUCCUCAUCUAUAUCGCCCUCAUGUUCUUCGUCAAGUACAAAUCACGUGGCACCAGCAGGAUCCUCUGAGUGAUGCAUUGUAGGGCGACUGAGUGAGUCGUCUGGGGGGUCUCUGUACCUGCACGUCUAGGUCAGUUUGUUUAUUGACAUCCAUCCAGCCAUGAGUCAUGCAGUCGAGUGAGUGCACGCCGUCGGACGAUUAGAUGACUGAGUGUUCGUACGACUGCUUUCCGUGAACAAACGAGCGUCAUAGCGCAUAGAUCUCGGAGUGCAUGCAAUCGGAGUGCAUGCAAUAGAUCUGGGAGCUG